AUGGCGCCGGCCUUGCCAAUUAAGUUCCAGGAGCUGCUUCAGCUCAGCAGCUUGGGCGUUAACCAAACCGCCAUCACUUUCAACACAUGCACUCUAGAAUCAGACUCCUUCAUCUGCCUUCGAGAUAAAAAGGAUGAAGCCUCAUCCCCCGAAGUCCUCAUCGUCGACCUCAAGAAUGGCAACAAUGUCAUCCGGCGCCCCAUCAAAGCCGACAGUGCAAUCAUGCACUGGUCGCGACAAGUCAUUGCCCUGAAGGCACAGUCCAGGACACUCCAGAUCUUCGACUUGGAGCAAAAGCAGAAGCUAAAGUCCACCACUAUGAGUGAGGAUGUUGCCUUCUGGAAGUGGACGAGCGAGACGACACUGGGCUUGAUCACAGACACUGCCGUCUACCAUUGGGACGUCUUCGACCCCGCCCAGGCAGCGCCCGUCAAAGUGUUCGACCGCAAUACCAACCUGCAGAUUAUCAACUACCGGACGAGCGCCGAUGGGAAGUGGAUGGUCGUGGUCGGUAUCUCGCAGCAGCAAGGACGCGUCGUCGGUGCCAUGCAACUCUAUUCCAAAGACCGCGGAAUCAGCCAGGCCAUCGAGGGCCAUGCCGCUGCCUUUGGUACGAUCCGGUUAGACGGUGCCCCCGAGGACACUAAGCUCUUCACCUUUGCCGUCCGGACCGCCGCCGGCGCCAAACUACACAUUGUCGAGGUCGACCACCCUGAGACGAACCCCGUAUUUUCCAAGAAGGCCGUCGAUGUUUUCUUCCCGCCAGAAGCCGCCAACGAUUUCCCGGUUGCCCUCCAGGUUUCGCAGAAGUACGGCAUCAUUUAUCUCAUCACCAAGUACGGUUUCAUCCACCUCUACGAUCUCGAGACUGCGACAUGCAUCUUCAUGAACCGUAUCUCGGGCGAGACCAUUUUCACAGCCUGCGGCGACAAGGAGUCAAGUGGUGUUAUUGGCAUCAACCGGAAGGGUCAAGUUCUGUUUGUUAGCGCCGACGAGAACACGAUCGUCCAGUAUGUUCUUGAGAGCCACGGCACCGAGCUGGCACUCAAGCUGGCGUCCCGCGCUGGGCUCCCCGGUGCCGACAACCUCUACCAGCAGCGUUUCGAGCAGCUCUUCACCAAUGCCAACUACCAAGAAGCGGCCAAGGUCGCAGCCAACUCUCCUCGCGGCUUUUUGCGGACGCCGCAAACCAUAGAACGGUUCAAGCGGAUCCCCCAGCAGCCCGGCCAAAUGUCACAUAUUCUUCAAUACUUCGGCUUGCUUCUCGACAAGGGGUCGUUGAAUCAGCACGAAACUAUUGAACUUGCUCAACCCGUGCUGGCCCAGAGCCGGAAACAGCUCCUCCAAAAGUGGCUCGGCGAGAACAAGCUCGAGUGCUCUGAGCAGCUUGGUGACAUGGUUCGCCCUCACGACAUGGCCAUGGCCCUCGGCAUUUACUUGAAGGCAAAUGUGCCUCACAAAGUCGUUGCUGGCUUCGCCGAGACCGGCCAAUUUGAGAAGAUCCUCCCGUACUGCGCUCAGACGAGCUAUCAGCCCGACUUUGUUCAGCUCCUUCAACACAUCAUCCGCAUUAACCCGGAGAAGGGCGCCGAGUUUGCCACGUCUCUCGCCAACCAUGAGGGAGGGUCACUGGUCGAUUUCGAGCGUGUGGUGGAUAUCUUUCAGUCUCAAGGCAUGGUCCAGCAGGCCACCGCCUUCCUCCUCGAUGCGCUCAAGGAUAAUAAGCCGGAGCAAGGCCAACUCCAAACCCGUCUUCUCGAGAUGAACCUAAUCAACGCACCGCAGGUCGCUGAUGCCAUCCUUGGAAAUGACAUGUUUUCUCACUUCGACAAGGGUCGUAUUGCGACUCUUUGCGAACAGGCUGGCCUCUUGCAGAAGGCUCUGGAUCUAUACGAGGAUCCCGCCGCUGUUAAGCGUGUCGUUGUCGGCAUCGCUGGCGCGCCGAACUUCAACCCUGAUUGGUUGAUUGAGUACUUUGGCCGUCUUUCAGUCGAGCAGUCUAUCGAUUGUCUUGACGCCAUGAUGAAGCACAACAUCCGCCAGAAUCUCCAGUCUGUGGUCCAAAUUGCCACCAAGUAUGCUGAGCUCCUCGGUGCCCAGCGCCUGAUUGACCUAUUCGAGAAGUACAAGACCGCCGAGGGCCUCUACUACUUCCUGGGGAGCAUUGUUAACGUCAGCGAUGACGCCGAGGUCGUCUUUAAGUAUAUCGAGGCGGCCACCAAGAUGGGCCAGAUCCGCGAGGUCGAGCGUAUCUGCCGUGACAACAGCGUUUACAACCCGGAGAAGGUCAAGAACUUUCUCAAAGAGGCGAAGCUUAGCGAGAUGCUGCCAUUGAUGGUUGUCUGCGACCGGUUCAACUUUGUCCACGACUUGGUGCUCUACUUGUACCAGCACCAACAGUUCAAGUCCAUCGAGAUCUACGUACAGCAGGUCAACCCUUCCCGGACCCCUGGUGUCAUCGGUGGCCUGUUAGACGUUGACUGCGAUGAGAGCAUCAUCAAGAAUCUCCUCUCCACCGUCAACCCGGUAUCGAUCCCCAUUGACGAGUUGGUCCAAGAAGUUGAGACGCGUAACCGCCUCAAGCUACUCCUGCCCUUCCUUGAGGCGACCUUGGCCGCCGGCAACCAGCAACAAGCCGUUUACAACGCUCUAGCGAAGAUCUACAUUGACUCGAACAACAAUCCCGAGAAGUUCCUGAAGGAGAACGACCAGUAUGACACGCUCACAGUCGGUAAAUACUGCGAAAAGCGAGACCCCAACCUCGCUUACAUCGCCUACCGCAAGGGUCAGAAUGACCUCGAACUUGUCAAUAUUACGAAUGAGAACGCCAUGUACAAGGCCCAGGCGAGAUAUCUCCUCGAACGCGGAGACAGGGAGCUGUGGAUGUUUGUACUCAGCGAGAACAACCUUCACCGUCGCUCAGUGGUUGACCAAGUCAUCUCGACUGCUGUCCCAGAGUCUACGGACCCCUCCAAGGUCUCCGAGGCUGUGUCGUGCUUCCUGAAUGCCGAUCUCCCUGCGGAGCUUAUUGAGCUCCUUGAGAAAAUUGUUUUGGAGCCCUCGCCGUUCAGCGACAACCAGAACCUGCAAAACCUUCUCAUGUUCACCGCUGCUAAGGCUGACAAGGCCCGUGUCAUGGACUACAUUCACAAACUCGAUAACUUCUCUGCCGACGAGAUCGCUAACGUCUGUAUCGAAGUCGGCCUGCACGAGGAGGCCUUCGAAGUGUACAAGAAGAUCGACAACAAGGAAGCCGCCGUCAACGUUCUCGUCGAGCACGUCGUUAGCAUCGAUCGUGCGCAAGCAUAUGCCGAAGAGGUCGACAUUCCUCAAGUCUGGAGCAAGGUGGCCAAGGCUCAGCUGGAUGGGCUCCGGGUCAGCGAUUCUAUUGACUCAUACAUUAAGGCCGAGGACCCUAAGAACUACGAGGAGGUCAUUGAGAUUGCGGUUGCGGCAGGCAAGAACGAGGAACUCGUCAAGUUCCUUCGCAUGGCCCGCAAGACUCUCCGCGAGCCUGCCAUUGAUACCGCCCUUGCCUUCUGCUUCGCCCGUCUCGACCAGCUUGCUGACCUUGAAGACUUUUUGCGGGCAACCAACGUGGCCAACAUCGAGGAAUCGGGAGACAAGGCUUACGCCGAAGGUCUCUUCGAGGCGGCCAAGAUCUUCUACACAAGCAUCUCCAACUGGGCUAAGCUCGCGACUACCCUCGUUCAUCUCACCGACUACCAGGCCGCGGUCGACUGCGCGCGCAAGGCGAACAACAUCAAGGUCUGGAAGGAGGUCCAUGAGGCAUGCGUUGGCAAGAAGGAGUUCCGCCUUGCCCAAAUCUGCGGUCUCAACCUCAUCGUCGAUGCCGAGCAACUCCAGGCUCUCGUCAAGCAGUAUGAACGCAAUGGCUACUUUGACGAACUCAUUAGCCUCCUCGAGCAAGGCCUUGGUCUUGAGCGUGCCCACAUGGGCAUGUUCACCGAGCUGGGUAUUGCUCUGUCCAAGUAUCAUCCCGAGCGGUUGAUGGAGCACCUGAAGCUCUUCUGGAGCAGGAUGAACAUGCCCAAGAUGAUUCGUGCGUGCGAGGAGGCCAACUUGUGGCCUGAACUGGUGUUUUGCUACUAUCACUAUGACGAGUUUGACAAUGCUGCGCUCGCCGUCAUGGAGCGCCCCGAGAACUCGUGGGAGCACCAACAGUUCAAGGAAAUCACCGUCAAGGUGGCCAAUCUCGAGAUGUACUACAAGGCCAUCAACUUCUACCUUGAGCAGCACCCAUCUCUACUCACCGAUCUCCUCCAGGUCCUGACUCCCCGGAUCGAUGUGAACCGGGUGGUUCGCAUGUUCCAAAAGUCAGACAACCUGCCGCUCAUCAAGCCGUUCCUUCUCAAUGUGCAGUCGCAAAACAAGCGCACGGUCAACGACGCCAUCAACGACUUGCUCAUCGAGGAGGAAGAUUAUAAGACCCUCCGGGACUCUGUUGAACACUAUGACAACUACGAUGCUGUAGACCUCGCUGGCCGUCUCGAGAAGCACGACCUGGUUUUCUUCCGCCAAAUCGCUGCCAGCAUCUACCGCAAGAACAAGCGGUGGGAGAAGUCUAUUAACCUGUCCAAGCAAGACAAGCUGUGGAAGGAUGCCAUUGAGACCGCCGCCAUUUCAGGCAAGGCAGAUGUCGUUGAGGAGUUGCUGAGAUACUUCGUGGACGUUGGCAACCGUGAGUGCUACGUCGGCAUGCUGUAUGCUUGCUAUGACCUGAUCCGGCCCGACGUGGUCCUUGAGCUGUCAUGGCGCAACGGCCUGAUCGACCAUGCCAUGCCCUUCUUGGUGAACAUGCUCUGCGAGCAGACCAAGCAAAUGGCCGAGCUCAAGGCGGACAACGAGGCCCGCAAGUCCCGCGAGAAGGAGCAGGAGAAGGUCGACGACAACACCCCCAUCCUCGGCGGCAACCGCCUCAUGAUCACAGCCGGCCCCGCCGGCGGCGCACCGCCCGUGUCGCCUGCGCCGUACAUGCAGACCAACGGCUUUGCGCCCCAGCCGACCGGCUACGGUUUCUAG